CCCCCAGGUUUUUUGAGUGGGGGAGGGGGCACGUCUCGGUGAGUCACGAUGAUGGCGGCCACCGUCCAGUGGUGAGCUGGUGGAUUCUGUCUCGCAGAGCCCCUCGCACCUCCUGCAGACUCAGGGGCCGGCGGCAGGCGCGUGAGGAAGCACGGAGGCCAGAGCUCGCGGGGAAGGCCGCAGUCGCGGAGGCAGCGGCGCGGCCCGGGGCCCGAGCUGGAGGAGAGGCCGUUCGGCAGGGCGAAUGUGACGAGCCCCCACCCCCACCGCCUCCCUCUCCAGAGCGCUAGGAGCGCGGGCGACCCCAGGGCCCGGCCAGGCCACAGACCCCGCCCAGCGGCCAGCACCCGGCGCAGACCCGGCAGUGGAGUCGCGCGGCGGCAUCAUGCAGAUCACCCUGAAGACCCUCCAGCAGCAGACCUUCAAGAUCGACAUCGACCCCGAGGAGACGGUAAAAGCACUGAAAGAGAAGAUUGAAUCUGAAAAGGGGAAAGAUGCCUUUCCAGUAGCAGGUCAAAAAUUAAUUUACGCAGGCAAAAUCCUCAAUGAUGAUACUGCUCUCAAAGAAUAUAAAAUUGAUGAGAAAAACUUUGUGGUGGUUAUGGUGACAAAACCCAAAGCAGUGACAACAACAGCACCAGCUACAACUCAGCAAUCAAAUUCUGCCACCACUACCACAGUUAGUUCUUCCACAGCAACAGCUGUGGCUCAGGCCCCAGCCCCCACCCCUGCUUUGGCUCCCACUUCCACAGCUGCAUCCAUCACUCCAGCAUCAACGACAGCAUCUUCUGAACCUGCACCUGCUAGUGCAACUAAACAAGAGAAGCCUGCAGAAAAGCCAGCAGAGACACCAGUGGCUACUAGCCCAACAUCAACUGACAGUACAUCAGGAGAUUCUUCUCGGUCAAACCUUUUUGAAGAUGCAACAAGUGCACUUGUGACAGGUCAGUCUUACGAGAAUAUGGUAACUGAGAUCAUGUCAAUGGGCUAUGAACGAGAGCAAGUAAUUGCAGCCCUGAGAGCCAGUUUCAACAACCCUGACAGAGCAGUGGAGUAUCUUUUAAUGGGAAUCCCUGGAGAUAGAGAAAGUCAGGCUGUGGUUGACCCCCCUCAAGCAGCUAGUACUGGGGCUCCUCAGUCUUCAGCAGUGGCUGCAGCUGCAGCAACUACUACAGCAACGACUACAACAACAAGUUCUGGAGGACAUCCCCUUGAAUUUUUACGGAAUCAGCCUCAGUUUCAACAGAUGAGACAAAUUAUUCAACAGAAUCCUUCCCUGCUUCCAGCAUUGCUACAACAGAUAGGUCGAGAGAAUCCUCAGUUACUGCAGCAAAUUAGCCAGCAUCAGGAGCAUUUUAUUCAGAUGUUAAAUGAACCGGUUCAAGAAGCUGGUGGUCAAGGAGGAGGAGGGGGUGGAGGUGGUAGUGGAGGAAUUGCAGAAGCUGGAAGUGGUCAUAUGAACUACAUUCAAGUAACGCCUCAGGAAAAAGAAGCUAUAGAAAGGUUAAAGGCAUUAGGAUUUCCUGAAGGACUUGUGAUACAAGCAUAUUUUGCUUGUGAGAAGAAUGAGAAUUUGGCUGCCAAUUUUCUUCUACAGCAGAACUUUGAUGAAGAUUGAAAGGGACUUUUUUGUAUCUCACACUUCACACCAGUGCAUUACACUAACUUUGUUCACUGGAUUGUCUGGGAUGACUUGGGCUCAUAUCCACAAUACUUGGUAUAAGGUAGUAGAUUGGUGGGGGUGGGGAGGGAGGGAUCUAGGACAUAGGGCAGGGAUAAAUACAGUGCAUGUCUGCUUCAAUUAGCAGAUGCCGCAAAUCCACACAGUGUGUAAAAUAUUAUACAACCAAAAAUCAGCUUUUGCAGAUCUUUAUUUCUUCUAUAAAAAAGUAGGUAACUUCGUAGGUUUCACUCUUUUUAGUGUACUAGAUCCAGAAAUUUAGUGUAAUGCCCUGCUUUAUAUUUCUUUGACUUAACAUUGGUUCCAGAAAGAAUCUUUGCUACCUAGAAAUUUACAGUCUCUGUUUCAUGGCAACACUGGAUAAUGGCAUUGUGAAAUUGAAAAAACUUUUGGAGCAGUUGUAAACAAACAUGCCAAAUUAUUGAUGGUUAUUGUUGCUGCUUUACAUAGCAUAAAAUUAAUAUGUAAGGAAGCCCAUUCUUUCAUGUUAAAUACUUGGGUUGGGGGAGGGAGAAAGGGAACCUUUUCUUAAAAUGAAAAUACUGCUAUUUUAAAAUUUCUUGAUCAUUGAAUGUGAGACCCUUCUAACAUGAUUUGAGAAGCUAUACAAGCAUAGGCAGAGUUAUUUUCCUGUUUACAUUUUUUUGUUUAUUUUGAAGAAAAAUCGGUAGGUUUCUAAUUACUGUUUACUUCAUUGUUAUAUUGCAGUAAAAGUGUUAAACCAACCAUUGCAUGUUUGCUUUUGAUGUAUCCCUUUGUAAAAUUAGCACUUUGGGGGCCAGUGGAGAAAUGCAGCAUUCACUCUUUCUCUCUCUUCCCCUUUCCUCAGCAGAAGUGUGUUUAUCAGCAAGUCGUGAGUCAAACUGCUGCAUUUUUAAAAACCCACAAAAUGCUGAUUCGGUUCAGAAUUAUUGCAAAUGUUUCAAAGCUGGGUUUCUGAUAUUUGUAAAUGUUUUUCUUUAUUAGCUAAGAAUGUAUUACCAUUAAAGUCAUUAGUAUUAUAUUGCUUCCAAAAAGAGAAAGUGGACAGAACUAUAAUGCAGCACCUUUUAUUGCAUUGGAAAGACUGGCAAAAUCUUUUGGAUGGAUUGGGAGAUGUGGCUGGAAAAGUACGUUGGAAAAUAUACAAUCAAGAUAUCUCAUGGCAUAUUAAAAGAAAAAUCUUAAUAGCAAUGUUGGCCUUUAUUUGGAUUUUUUUUUUUUUUUUUAGUCUCAAUUUUUUCUUUGCAGUCUUCUUCAUUGGCAUUGUUAUGUCAUCAUAAAGAGGGGGCAGAUGUCUACUUGUUCAGUUUUUCAAAUCUGUUUUCCUUAAUAUAAGCAGGACUAUUUAAAGAUAAAUUUUUUAUCAUCUGAUACUGAAUAAGAAGUUGAAUUUGCACAGAUUUCUCCCUGCAUAAUCUCUUGCAAUAUCCAUAGCACAGUUUGGUGAUGACUUUUAAGCUUUUUCGUUAUGCACUCAUGACCUGUCUCUUAUAAAAAUAAAUGAAACCAUGAUUUUCCCUCACAA